AUCUAUAAUUCAAUAGCAUUGGUUCUUUCUUAAUCCUGUGUAUUUAUUUUACGCAUGUUAAAAUAGGAUUUUGAGAUGGGCUUCACCAGCCUCCCAUAGGUCUCUUUAACAUAAAAACGGUUAAGAACCUCAGAUUCUGGAAGAUCACCAGAAAAACUAAAACUAAGGAGACUUUACAAUCGAUGCGGGUGGGUGAGGGUGGGGCAGUCUGGAAGGCGUUUGAGUCUGGCUAAGAGCAUUGCUUUCUAUUACAUUUUAAGCUGUGACAGAGACUCGGGAAUGUGGGGAAAAGUCCAAACACUGCAAGACCCCUCUUGAACCCCCUCACUCUCAGGAUCCGUCUCUGAAUCGGUGUCCCGAGCCUGCAGACACCACUGUCCUUCGAAUUUACAAAGCCAAGCCAGUGAGUCACUUUCUUUGCAGACAGGAAGGGGGGACAACUGAAAAUCUGGACCUGCAGACUUUUCCUGCUGCUCCGGGAAGCCCCCAGCACAUUUUGUGGCAAGCCACUCACCACCUUCAAACAGCUCAUGAGGGUUCCAGGGGAACUUCUCACUUGCUCCCACCUAGAUCCCAGGGCCAUUUCUGGAGCUCGGGCAUUAAUAACAAACAAAAUAACAGCUGAUACGUACCCAGCCCUCACUCUGGCCAGGCUGUGUUCUCAGCACGACAUUUCCUGCAUCAACUUGUUUAAUCCUCACAACGGCCCAUAGGUUCGUGCUAUUACCACCUUCUUUUGGCAGGUGAAAAAACCGAGGCCCAGCGAGGUCGAGUGACCCGCCUAGGGCGCACAGCUCAGAAGCGGCACUGGCAGCCGUGGAUUUUGAUUUUGUUUACAGCGUGCCCGGGAGUCAGGGGAGGACGCAGUGGGCUAAGCUUGGAGACAGAGGAAGGCGGAAGGACUUGCGAGGCAGAUGCAGCCGGCUUGGCGGGAAGAGACGGGGGAUUCCCCGGGUCGCGGGCGCUGGCGCCAGCACACCUGGCAUCCGCAUAACCAGCCCCUCGAAGACCUCCCUGCUAUCCCGCCUCGUGGCACUGCCUGAUCCCCCUGCAUUCCCCAUCCUCCCAGCCGCUCCUGCUGCUCCUGCUGCUCCUGAGGGAAUCUGACCUUCUCCGGACCCCUCCCCUUCCCCUCUCUGCCCCCGCCAUCCCCUUACCAUGCGCAUCCUUCGUCCCUGCUGGUCCUGCUGCUGUCUGCUCCUCUUCUGCUCCCUGGGAAUCCAGGGUACCCCGAAGGCUCCCAGCGCUGCCCCCGAGCAAGUCCACCUGUCCUACCUAGAUGAGCCGGGCUCCAUGACUGUCACCUGGACCACAUGGGUCCCCACGCCCUCUGAAGUGCAGUUCGGGCUGCAGCCCUCGGGGCCCCUGCCCCUCCGGGCCCAGGGCACCUUCAGCCCCUUUGUGGACGGGGGCAUUCUCCGGCGGAAGCUCUACAUACACCGAGUGACGCUGCGGGGGCUGCUGCCCGGGGUCCAGUAUGUUUACCGCUGUGGCAGCGCUCAGGGCUGGAGCCGUCGGUUCCGCUUCAGGGCCCUAAAGAAUGGGCCUCACUGGAGCCCCCGUCUGGCUGUGUAUGGGGACCUGGGGGCUGACAACCCGAAGGCCCUACCCCGUCUGCGCAGGGACACCCAGCAGGGCAUGUACGAUGCUGUUCUCCAUGUGGGAGACUUUGCCUACAACAUGGAUCAGGACAACGCCCGCAUCGGGGACAAGUUCAUGCGGCUCAUCGAACCCGUGGCCGCCAGCCUGCCAUAUAUGACGUGCCCCGGGAAUCACGAGGAACGCUACAACUUCUCUAACUACAAGGCUCGCUUCAAUAUGCCGGGGGACAGCGAAGGCCUGUGGUACAGCUGGGAUCUGGGCCCCGCCCACAUCAUCUCCUUCUCCACCGAGGUCUAUUUCUUCCUCCAUUACGGCCGCCACCUGGUAGAAAGACAGUUUCACUGGCUGGAGAGCGACCUCCAGAAGGCCAACCAGAACCGGGCCGCCCGGCCGUGGAUCAUCACCAUGGGCCACCGGCCGAUGUACUGCUCCAACGCUGAUUUGGAUGACUGCACGUGGCACGAGAGCAAGGUUCGCAAGGGCCUCCGCGGCCGGUUCUACGGGCUGGAGGAUCUUUUCUACAAAUACGGGGUCGACCUGCAGCUGUGGGCUCACGAGCACUCGUACGAGCGGCUGUGGCCGAUUUACAACUACCAGGUAUUUAACGGGAGCCAAGAGAAGCCCUACACCAACCCUCGAGGCCCCGUCCACAUCAUCACAGGAUCUGCGGGCUGUGAGGAGCGGCUCACCCCCUUCAGCCUCUUCCCCCGGCCCUGGAGCGCCUUGCGCGUGAAGGAGUACGGGUACACGCGUCUCCACGUCCUCAACGGGACCCACAUCCACCUCCAGCAGGUGUCCGACGACCAGGACGGGAAGAUCGUGGAUGACAUCUGGGUGGUGAGACCUUUGCUUGGCCGGAUGAUGUACCUGUAGGGAUGGGCGCAGCUCUCAUCAGGAACCAUGGGCCUCGCCACCUUGGCUGGGGUGACCGGACACUGCUGGGGCCUGGGUGGCAAGUCGGGGCGGGCCUCGACUCCUCUGCCCUCCGCAGGCCCCAUGUGGGGUGGAGGCAGCCCUGAAGGAGCUGUGUCCGGAGAGGGGAGGGUCCCGGCUGGCUGUGCCGGGAGGACAAGGUGCAGGCACAGUGACACCGGGCAGGUCUGGGGUGGCCCGGUGCCGCCCUCCCACGCAGUGCUCCUGGGCGGGAUGCCCGUGGGGCCUCGGGAAUAAAGAAGGUUCUGCUGUGGCUCCGUGGACUCCACACAUCUGCUGGGGAUGCUGCCGGCAGCCUCCCCUCCGGCUGCCGGGGCAGGGGCGUCACCAGCCGCGCGUCUCGGGUGGGCCCGGCCGUCACGACGCUGCUCUCCAGCAGAUGGCAUGGGUGACUUUCUCCUCCUAGGCCAGCCCCCAGUGCCACCCCAAGGCCUGGCUCCAGUGGCCUAAGGAGUGCUAACCAGUGUCCCAGCUUUGUGCCUCAGUUUCCCAGCUCGGCACGGACUUAUCCUGGAAGCGGGGAAGUGUUAACACUCCUGCCUCCCAGCUGGGGUGGCUGCCCGGCCUCAGGAGCUCCCAGACCUGCCAUUUUCUUCCCUUAUCCCCUUCCUUUCCUCCUCCCAGCUCUCUCUCUGCCUUCCGCCUUUCAUUGGCUCGAAGAUUAUUUAUUGCGCACCUACUGUGUGCCAGGCCCUGUGCUCGGUACCGGGGAGACAGCCAUGAACAAGACGGAGAUCCCCGACCUUGUGGCGCUGACGUUCCAACCAGAGUAUCAGAGAGCAACCACAAUAAAUCAAUAAAAUGUAUAACAACGUAAAUAGUGAUCUGCGCGCAGAAACAGCAAGGAAGAGGGAUGGAGAACCAGGGUGCAGCUGCACUUUUCACGAGGAUGGGCAGGGAGACCUCACGGAGAGGAUGCCAUUUGAUCUGAGGGAGGAGCCACAUGGGCCGAGGGGUCCAGGCAGAGGAACAGCCCGUGCAAAGGCCCUGAGACAGAAACACACCUGCCCAGUCAGAUGCUGAUGAGGAGGCCCGUGCAGCAGGAGCAGAGAGAGAGAGAGGCGGAGCGGGAUAAGGGCAGAGAGGUGACAGGGGGUGGAUGGUGUGGGACCUCGUGGGCCACAGGGAGGACUUGCCCUUCAUCCUGAGUGACAUGGAGCCCCAGGAGGGCUCUGAGCUGGUGGCGGCCAUGACCUGACUCCUGGACUCCUAGGCAAAGGCUGGGGCUCUGGCCCCAGGGCUGAGGGCUCCCCAGGGGAAGCCCGUGAGGUCGCAGCUCUGAGGCUGGCCUCGCCUCUAGGCCCCCAUCGUGCUGCGCAGUUUCCGCUCCUCACGUCUGUUCCCACCCCCACCCCACCCAAGGCACACGGCUCCUUGCAGUUUCUUGAACACACCAGCUUUCCCCCUGUAGGGCCUGUGCCCUCUCCCCCGUGCCCCCAGGCUGGCACCUCCUCGGCUUCGGGUCUCAGCCUUUCCUGCCGACCCCAGCUGAAAUGACCCCAGCCGCCCUCCGUCUCAUCCUCUGUCACUUCACUCCCAGCUCUCAGCCUCCUGCCAUCCUCUCGGGAUUGAUUUGUUAACGUGCUCAUUGUCAGUGUGCCCCCUGGGCCGGCGUGAGGAUGGAGACCAAGGCCGUCUUGUUCAUCCACUGUCUGCCACCUCCAUGGAGCCCUCCCAGACCCCUUCUGGCGCUGGGUUGGGGCCCAGGCUUCCCCCACAUCCUCCCGGUGCCCCUUCUGGGCCGGCACCGUCUAGGGGCAGGACUGGCUCCCCCACUGGACCGACUAUCAGCCCAGGAGGGCGGUGCCCAGACCUGGCUCCAGCCCGAGACGGAUGCUUAAUGACUACUUGUUGCACGUGCCAGGCUCUGGCCGGGCGACACCAGGGACAGCGAGGAAUCAGCCCCAGGCAGGCUCUGUGGGCGCUCACGGCAGGCCGGGAAACACAGUUACCCAACACGGUGACAAGGAAUGAAGGAAUGACCUGGAGACUGAAUCAAGCCCGGGAUGUCACCAGCCAGGAAGUCAUGCAUUGUGUGCUGCGGCCAAAGACGGAGCUGGUGCCGUGCGAGCCCGGCAUGUCCUGUCCCAGGCUGGACGGGGCUGUGAACAAACCUGGGCGGUGGGGUCCUUAGAGGGCAAAGGCCGGCGGGCGCUGGAGCCGGACAGAAACCGGGCUCCUCUCUCAGCUCUGCCGCUUCCUGUGUGAUGGGGAGCCGCUGGCCCUCUCUGAACCUCUGUUUCUUCCUCUGUAACAAAAGCGCGAUUGUCCUUUGUGGG